UAAAUGUGUGUAAGCAAAGAAGAACUAAAACUAAAAAAGUAACACAAGGGGCUGGACAGACAGAUUACAGAAGUGGCAGAAGUGUGUCUGUCUCUGCCCAUUCAGCUCUGCUCUCUCUCUUUUAUCUCUCACGCUCACUCUCACCCUCACCCUCUUCUUUUAUUGGUUUGGUAUAUUUCAAAACCACCCAGAAGAAGAAGAAUCAGCUAGAAGAAGAAGAGAGCCAUAAUGGGGGCUUCAAAGCUGAGAAAAGCAGCCAAGAAAAUGGUUGUAGCUGCUUGUGGGUCCUUCUCCAGGCGCAGUCCUCCUGCUCUUGUUGAUCGAGUUAUCUCGGGUUCCUCAGCAAUGUCCCCCACGAAAGCAAAGAAUUUCUCAGAAGAAACAACCGUGGAGGAAGCUGAAUCAACCAUCAACAAUGGCAACGUAACUGCUAAGAACUUGUGCGCUAUAUGUCUGGAAGCUUUGAGCUACAGCACAGGCAGCAGCCCUGGGCAAGCUAUAUUCACAGCUCAAUGCUCUCACGCAUUCCAUUUUGCCUGCAUCUCCUCCAAUGUCCGCCAUGGUAGUGUUACCUGUCCCAUUUGCCGUGCUCAUUGGACCCAGCUGCCUCGCAACCUAUACCCUUCAGCUUGUACCCUUGCUUGCAACCAAAAUGACCCUGUUUUUCGCAUUCUUGAUGACUCCAUUGCCACUUUCCGGGUCCAUAGGCGUUCUUUCCUGCGCUCAGCUCGUUAUGAUGAUGACGACCCCAUUGAGCCUGACCACACAGCCAAUCUUCCUCGACUUGAUUUCUCGCUAGUGCCUAUCCCACCACCAGUACUAGGUCACUCCUGUGGUUUUCAACAUCACCCAUGUGCAUAUUCAUCACUGCAUAUGAGUGGGGCUGGGCGCAGUUCACACCAUCAUCACCAUCAUAAUCACCUAACCAGCUCCUCCUCAUCAUUAUUGUUUCAACCACCAACUGGGCAAAUGCCUCCUUAUAUGUGUACCCCCUCAAAUACAAGAGCUGCCUACCUCUCAGUAAAACUGGCACAUCAGCCAGCAACUGAUUUGGUAUUGGUUGCAAGCCCCAAUGGACCACACCUUAGACUUCUCAAGCAAUCCAUGGCAUUAGUGGUAUUCUCCCUCAGACCUGUUGAUCGUCUGGCAAUUGUAACCUAUUCAUCUGCUGCAGCACGCGUCUUCCCGCUCAGGCGCAUGACAUCCUAUGGGAAGAGAACAGCCUUACAAGUGAUUGACCGUCUUUUCUACAUGGGGGAAGCGGAUCCAAUUGAAGGACUCAAGAAAGGGACAAAAAUACUUGAGGAUCGAGCUCACAAGAAUCUGCAUUCAUGUAUCUUGCAUUUGUCUGAUACUCCUACUCGAACAUAUCAUACUACCAACAUGCAAGUGCCCGUUCCAGUUCAUCGGUUUCAUGUAGGAUUUGGCUUUGGCACUUCUAAUGGGUUUGUCAUGCAUGAAUUCGAGGAGUUCCUUGCAAGACUAUUGGGAGGCGCUGUUAGAGAAAUCCAGCUGAGAAUUGAGGAAGAAGACAGGAUCAUAAGGCUUGGAGAGCUAAGAGGGGGGGAAGAGAGAAGAAUAUUACUGGACUUGGGCGAGUGGGAACGAGUUUGUGUGGAAUAUAGCUAUGUUGAGGGUGGAGUGGAUGAAUGUGUGAGAACAGGGGAAACCAUUGUGAGUAUAGGGGAUAAGAGUGAAACAAGCGAUGAAAGCACAGAAUCUGCGGCGGGAACAGAUGUGAGCAUCGUUGGUGGCAGGCCAAGUAGUGUUGAAAGUUGGGAUUACCACGACCCUUACAUGGCUAGAAGAUGGGCUAAGCAUUUGCAUGGUUACAGGCUUUGAAAUUGGAAUCAACUCAAGCCCUCAAGACAUAUACAUUCAUAUCUUCUGCACAGAAAUUUGGUCACUAGGACCACUAUGAAAACCAGUUAGCUUGACACAGCCUGAAAAAUAUUUCAGCAUACUCAGUUGUAGACAACAUUGACAAUUGAAGACGUAUUUCAUCUGUGAAAAUCACUUGUGCUAUCAAGCAUAUAUAUAUAUCAUUUCAAAUAUUCUGU